AAAUGUGCGAAGAACAAGUGAAAAAUCCGGGAAAUGCGAUAAAGGAAUGGAGACUAAAGUUCACGCUGGAUUAACAUGGUUUAUAAUUAUCUUUUCACUUCCUCUACUUAUUUGGGCAAUAUUUGUGCACUCCGACACGAUGCCAGCUUUAAUAAAACUGAUGACAGUCAUGGAGUCUAUGAACGAAUCAGAUCUUAUUAAACAUUCAAAAAACAGAACCCAAGAAGUAGAAUUGAUAUUCAGAGAAAUCGAAAGUAUUUUAAGCAUCUCGUCAAUCUGUGGAAUAAUAAUUUCAAUACUCAUAAUAUUGAGAACCUCAACAUUAGUUCUAACUAUAUCAGGAGAUAGAAGUUGUAAACAAUGUUGCAAACCAAUUCAGUAUAUAUGGGCUCAGGUUAGAACGGAGGUGAACUUUGUUUUGAUGGAGACAACACCACAGCAUUCUCCUCAAGAAUAAUGGGGAACAGGUGGUCAAAGAGCUGGAAGCUAUACAUGUUUUAUUAUUGGUGUACUGAUCUUAAAAUUUGUUUAUAUGUGAAAUUGCAAUAAAAUGCAGUAAUAAAAUAAGCUAAGUCUGUGA